AUGGCGCAGCUGCACGAGGUCAGCUUGCAUGCCUCAAAUUUUCGCCGCAGACCGCGGCCGCUGCUGGCCAUUGUCUGCGCAGCCUUGGCCCUUGCUGCGCAACCGGAUUGGGUCGCACCAGGUCCACGCAGCAUCCCACGCCGAGUUGCGCAAGGUGACGUGCAUUGGACAUCUCAGCUUGAAGUCAAGGAAGGCAAGGAAAGCCAUGAAAGCAGGCCAGUGUUAGCGCGACGCUCCUGGAGCUUGCUGGCUGUGGGAGCUGCUUGGUGCGCAGGUCUUGCCUCGGCUCAGGCGCUGGUCAAAGGCAGCCCACCCCCCAAGGGCUACGGCCUUGGGAAGGGCAUCAAAGAGGCGGCUGACUGCAGAUCCAUGACCGAGUGCGAGGAGCUUGGCCGGCAGCGGGAAGAGGAGAAGUAUGGCACCAAGAUGGAGAAGACCUACAAAGUCACUGCGAGUGGCGCGCGGUACAAGGACAUGAAGCCGGGCAAUGAAGCAGAUGGAGUAGCAAAGGCCGGCGAUGACCUGAAGCUGAGGUACCGGGUUAUGCGCGCCGGCAAGCGAUCCUAUGAUGGCGUGUCUGGGGAGGCCACAACCCUCUUCUCUUUGGGAUAUGGAGAGGAUGAUGGACCCAAGGAUGCCACACUCAAAGCACCACUCGGGCAAGGGAAGUUCGUCAAGGCGAUUGAGGAGGGCCUGGUUGGCAUGUCCGUCGGCGGCAUUCGACGAGUGCAGGUCAGGCCUGACUUCGGCCUGGGCUGGAAGAAGCCUGGGAAGUGCGCCGAGGCGAUCGGAGCAGUUGGUGCCAUUGCUGGCCUUCCCGCGGCCGGAGCGGAGAAGGAGUCCUCAUGCCUGGACACUUCGCUCUUGCCUCAACCGGAGGACUGGAACGCGAAGCGCAGAUUCGAGCGGCGCUUCGACGAGUCCCUGAUUGUGGAGGUUGAGCCAGCGCCUCUUGACCAGCAGCAACUUAGUUUCUAUGGUUGCCGUGGUUUCCAGGGUCUCGGCGAUGACAAAGUUGCAUAUCUUAUGUUCCAAAAUGAUCCCUUUCUGGUUCUUGUGUUCCAAGAUCACGCCGAACGGGGUAUGCCGCGGCUCUUGCCACGCGUUGAGGGAUCGGCCCUUCAAGUGGACCGCUUGGUGUCCAUGUCAGUCGAGUCUUUGACGCUGCCUGGUGGUACCGGUGCGUUGCACUUUGCUGCCCUUCAUGGCCAUACUGAUACCAUCAGGAGCCUGAUUAUUGGCCGGGCCGAUGUCAAUGCACAAGACUCGCUCGGUUGGGCUCCGCUGCACCUGGCUGCUGGAGCAGGCCGAGUGGAUGCGAUGAAUCUGCUGGUUAACUCCCGAGCCAUUCCCGACUUGCGAUCUGCGGAUGGUUACCCAGCAGCAAUAAGCGAGAAGCUGCGGGAUUGCACACUGCCAACCUGCACAUGUCAAAAUGAGCAUUCGUUGCAGUCGUGUUGA